GAAGCAGCAGCAGCAAUAGCCGUAGCUGCCGCCUGGACCCUUCUCCUGCCGCGCGCUCUUGGGGCGAAAGGGCGCGCACCGUGCCCGAGGGGGAGCCCCAGCGGGGUCUUUCGGCCAAGUCUGGGAGGCUGAAGCUACUUGCCGAGCGGCUUCUUCCACACCUUUCUCUCUCCCCCCCCCCUCUUUUCCCCUUGGCCCAAGUCCUCGGCUUGCUUGGAGGGGCAGGGGCUGGCAGCUGCAGUGGCGGCGGCAGGAGCAGCAGGAGGCGGCUGCUCCGGCUCUCUCUCCCGGAGGCGAAGCCCCGGCACCUCCACGCGUGUCGGGGUCUCUCUCGGUGGGUGGACUUGCCCAGCGGCUCCUUUCCCCUCACCCUCCAGGAGAGUCGAGAGGAACGUGAGGGGACUUGGCCGGAGCUUAGACGCAGGAGCAGCCGCGGCGACCGCCCGCUAAAGCCAUCGCCGCGGGUGAAGGUGGAAGGCGCCGGACUUCGUCUUUGGCCGCUUGGGCGUCUCUGGGGGAGGGCUUCGCCUUGGGCUUUGGCCGUCCUUUUCUGAGCUCUCACCUCUUGAGGCAGCCAUGGGGACAGGGCUGGAAGCCGCCGCCGCCCGCUACGGACUCGGACUAGGAUACUUAUUGCAAAUGGUCGUGCUGCCCGCCUUGGCCAUCCUGAGCGCCAGCAGCCCGGGCUCGGCCGCGCAAGAUGAUGAUUUUUUUCAUGAGCUCCCAGAAACCUUUCCUUCUGAUCCUCCAGAACCCCUUCCGCACUUCCUUAUUGAGCCCGAAGAAGCCUACAUUGUAAAGAACAAGCCUGUAAACCUUUACUGUAAAGCUAGCCCUGCCACCCAGAUCUAUUUUAAAUGCAACAGUGAAUGGGUCCAUCAAAAGGAUCAUGUGGUAGAUGAAAGAGUUGAUGAAACAUCCGGAUUGAUUGUCCGAGAAGUGAGCAUUGAAAUUUCACGCCAGCAAGUUGAAGAACUCUUUGGCCCUGAAGAUUACUGGUGCCAAUGUGUUGCCUGGAGCUCAGCAGGCACGACCAAGAGCAGGAAAGCCUAUGUUCGUAUUGCCUAUUUGCGGAAGACGUUUGAGCAAGAACCACUUGGGAAAGAAGUAUCUUUAGAACAGGAAGUCCUGCUCCAGUGUCGCCCACCCGAAGGAAUCCCAGUAGCUGAGGUUGAAUGGCUGAAAAACGAAGAGGUGAUAGAUCCCGUAGAAGACCGGAAUUUUUACAUCACUAUUGACCACAACUUGAUCAUAAAGCAGGCACGUCUCUCUGAUACGGCCAAUUACACUUGUGUUGCUAAAAACAUUGUGGCAAAGAGGAAGAGCACAACUGCUGCUGUUAUCGUAUAUGUCAAUGGAGGGUGGUCAACCUGGACUGAAUGGUCGGUGUGCAACAGCCGUUGCGGGAAAGGUUCUCAGAAGCGUACAAGAACCUGUACCAACCCUGCCCCUCUCAAUGGGGGUGCCUUCUGUGAAGGCCAGAGUUUACAGAAAAUAACUUGCACCACCUUGUGCCCAGUGGAUGGGAGGUGGACAGCAUGGAGUAAAUGGUCUACAUGUGGAACAGAGUGUACCCACUGGCGCAGGAGGGAAUGCACGGCACCAGCACCAAAGAAUGGCGGCAAAGACUGUGAGGGUCUUGUCUUGCAGUCCAAGAACUGCACAGAUGGGCUUUGUAUGCAGACUGCUCCUGAUUCAGAUGAUGUUGCUCUCUACGUUGGAAUUGUGAUUGCCGUAAUUGUGUGCCUGGCUAUAUCUGUUAUCGUUGCAUUGUUUAUCUAUCGGAAGAACCACCGGGACUUUGAGUCGGAUAUUAUAGACUCCUCAGCACUAAACGGUGGAUUUCAGCCUGUUAAUAUCAAAGCUGCAAGGCAAGAUCUUCUGGUUGUGCCUCCAGACCUAACAUCUGCUGCAGCCAUGUACAGGGGGCCUGUCUAUGCCUUGCAUGAUGUCUCUGAUAAAAUCCCAAUGACCAACUCUCCAAUUCUUGACCCUCUCCCCAACUUGAAGAUAAAAGUCUACAACAAUUCGGGUGCGGUCACUCCACAAGAUGAUCUUUCCGAUUUUUCAUCCAAACUCUCCCCUCAGAUCACUCAAUCCCUGCUGGAUAAUGAUGCAUUAAAUGUAAAAAGCCAGAGUCUUGCACGACAGACAGACCCAUCGUGCACUGCUUUUGGCACCUUCAAUUCUCUUGGUGGUCAUCUGAUUGUACCUAAUUCAGGAGUGAGUUUGCUGAUUCCUGCCGGGGCCGUUCCCCAGGGGAGAGCCUACGAAAUGUAUGUGACAGUUCACAGAAAGGAGAACAUGAGGCCACCAGUAGAAGACAGUCAAACCCUUUUAACCCCUGUGGUGAGCUGUGGACCUCCAGGAGCACUGCUGACUCGGCCUGUCAUUCUAACGAUGCACCAUUGUGCAGAACCAAACAUGGAAGACUGGAAGAUCCAGUUGAAGAACCAAACAGUCCAGGGACAAUGGGAGGAUGUGGUAGCAGUGGGAGAAGAGAACUUCACCACCCCAUGCUACAUCCAUCUGGAUCCAGAAGCCUGCCAUAUCCUGACAGAAACUCUCAGCACCUAUGCCUUGGUUGGGCAAUCAAUUACCAAAGCAGCUGCAAAGCGUCUCAAGCUGGCUAUUUUUGGGCCACUGAUCUGCUCAUCUUUGGAAUACAACAUUCGUGUGUACUGUCUAGAUGACACCCAAGAUGCCCUUAAGGAAGUGCUACAGUUGGAGAGGCAAAUGGGUGGACAGCUCCUGGAAGAACCAAAGGAUUUACAUUUUAAGGGCAGCACUCAUAACCUGCGUUUAUCCAUUCAUGAUAUCACACAUUCCCUCUGGAAGAGCAAACUGCUGGCUAAAUACCAGGAAAUCCCCUUUUAUCAUAUCUGGAGUGGAUGUCAAAGAAAUCUACAUUGUACCUUUACCCUUGAAAGAUUCAGCCUGAGCACACUGGAGUUGGUGUGCAAACUCUGUAUACGGCAAGUUGAAGGAGAGGGCCAGAUAUUCCAGCUCAACUGUUCAGUAUCAGAGGAGCCUACUGGCAUUGAGUAUCCACUCAUGGACCCAGCAAGUACCAUCACUACUAUCGUAGGACCCAGUGCAUUCAGUAUUCCCCUCCCAAUCCGACAGAAGCUUUGUAGCAGUUUAGAUGCUCCUCAGACAAGAGGUCAUGAUUGGAGGAUGUUAGCUCACAAAUUAAAAUUGGACAGGUACCUCAAUUAUUUUGCUACAAAGUCAAGCCCAACUGGCGUGAUCUUAGACCUUUGGGAAGCCCAGAAUUUCCCUGAUGGCAACCUGAGCAUGCUGGCCACAGUUCUGGAAGAGAUGGGAAGGCACGAGACCGUGGUUUCAUUGGCAGCAGAAGGAAAGUAUUGAGAAAGCGACCUUUAAAUCAGAAGGAAGGAAUGUGAACCAUGUCAGCUGUAACUAACUCAAACCGAGCACCCCACACCAAUGUGUUUCAGAACAAGAGGCAUUCCAGAGGGAAAAACAAAACAAGAAAUCCUGACUUUUCACAUGCAUAUUCUCCUUGUACAUUAUCACAGGAUUUGAAAGAAAUCAUGCAGAAUUGUUACCUUGAUAAUAUAAUUCAAUUCAAUCCAAUCCCUCUCAGCUUGGCUGUACACUGCUUGGUACAGGAUUUUACAGUUUCCUAGGAAACGCUUUUUAUUGCUAUCCAGAUAUAUGGAUAAACUUUCUUAACAAUCCCAGUUUCUACGAAUGUUGUUUACAUCAAAUCCUGGGCAGCAGGAUGAAAAUGACUGUCCAUGGCUCUCUUUUUAAUACAUUUUUCUUCUCCUCCUUUUGUUGAAAGCCAUUCUAGACCAAGCCGUAGACAAAGCAGGGUUGUGGCUAUUUUUGAGAUAAAUCAGUUCCCAACACCCCUUUCAGACACAUUUCAUGCUUGCAAAUCUGUCCAUCACAUGUCUAAGAGUAACCCAUAAAAUGAUACAGCUUUCUAGAAAGAGUGGUUAAGACAGAGUUUUACACUCACGCAUCUGGCAAGGAGAUCAUGUCGAGGCUGAACAGGAAUGCAUAUCCUUGCUCCCUCCCUUUCCCAGGGAUGCCUGUAUCCUGUAUCCCUUGGUGAUUUGAAUUGCAGGGAUUUUUUUUCCAGCUCACAAAAUACCCUGCCCUGUAUCAUCUCUCCCUCCCCACCCCUCUCUCACUUGCUCAAUCUCUCACUCUCUCUGUGUGUGAUGCAAAAUUUGGUGUGGUUUGCAGGAGGAUCACCCUACCAAAAAGAAAAUAAUAAUUUGCUUGUAUGAUUAUUUUCUGAAUAGUACCUAGUGUAAGGAAUAUUAUAUUUCUCAUCAUUCUUAUUAGUAUUAUUAUUUUUGCUUACGAAGUUUAUCUGCAGCAUAAUCAUUUGUGCAAUGGCAGCACCCACCCAGGAAGGUGUUUGUGACAUCUAAUACUCUCUAAAGAAAAGGUUUUCUCCUCCUCUCUUUUCUGUUCUAGCUUUGGGCCUUAUCUUAAAACCAAUCCCAGUGAGCUAAUGGAUAGUUUGCUAUCAAGUACAGUAGGACCUCCAUAUUCUUGGGGGAUUGGUUUCAACCCCCCCCAAGACAUUAAAAAGCAUGGAAGGUAGCAAAUACAUAUCACAGCAACAACAGUUAUUUAAAGAAGGAAAAUCACGUCCUGCCUUCUUGAGGUUCAGCUGCUCCUACAAGUCCUGUCCUUGCCAUGAGCUUGGCUAUGCAGACAAACCCUCCCACAUCAAGGUGGUGGCGGCAACUCCCUUUUCCCUGAGCCCAGACAACAAAGAAGACUCACUUUUUCCAUGUGUGCCCACAUAUGCCCUCCUGUCCAAAAUCUGCUGGGGGGGCAGCCAGUCCAGAUCAACUGGGGGAAGGAGGAGAAUGGAUGGUGAGGGGAGGCAAGCAGGUGAUGGAGGGAGAGGAAGUGCAAGAGCCAGUUGGAUCCUUGUCUUCUUCUCUAGCCCCCCCCCACGCAUUGGAGCGCCAUACUUCUGCCCGGGAAACACAGACCCACCCCUGAAGCUGCUUUCACCACCCCUUUAGACCCAAUCUCUCUAGUUUCUGAUGUGAUCGUGGCCUUUUCUGUCAGCAGAAGCUGGGGUUGGAGCAUCCAUGCCUAACCCAUCUGGUCCAGGCCUUCUGAAAAUGGAUACCCAAGAGUUGACCAGUCACCCGUGGUUAAGGGAAACGACAGGUAUUGAUCCAUCAGAUACGGGGGUCCUACUGUACCAGACAUUUCUCAUCACAAGAUUGCCUUCAAAGAGAAUAAUGUCUUUGUAUUGAUAAGGAAGCACAGUAUUUCUGACUAUUUCAAACAAACAGAAUGUUUCACUGAAAGAAACCCUUGUCUGUUAAUCUAUCCCAAUUUUUUUUAGAUGUGUCCUCCUAGUGGUUUUGAUGUUGGCUUCCCAUUCCAUGUGCCUAUAGCACCGUCACAGCUUCAUGCCAGUCAAUGGGGCUCAGAUUGAUUUGCCCUAUGUCGGUGUUACCAAACCACAAAAUCUUGUGUGCAUCACUGCUUUAAAAGAAUAGCAGUAAAAAACUAAAUUCUGUUAAAAGUAUUUCUCUUUGGUAUUAGUCCAAAGACGCUUACACAUUAAACAGUGCUUUUUGGAAGUAGUUGCAUGCUUCCAAGCUGAAAGACGUGGUAGUUUGACUUGUUAUUUCUCACUACAGAGACAAGUGUAUCAGUGCACUUCUGAGCUUAAAGUUGGGCUUCAAGAUGUUUGCUUGAGUUGUAUCCCUUUUUGCAUAUGUGGUGUCUUGGCGUCUGAAGGCAGAGCUAUGGAUUAAUUGUCAGCAUCCACUAUGGGUUUGAGGAUAAAACAAGCGAACAUUGCAGGAUAUGUAUUUGAGCAGAAGUGGGCCAUCUGACAAAUAAAACAGGUCACGAUGCACCAGUUGGGGUUUGUGAACGAAGCUGCCUUUGUUUAAUGAAACAAAAUAAAACAUGGCAUCCUACUUUGUUUUUGUUUCCAAUCUUAUUUCAUUUUCUCUCUCAUGUUCAAAUAGUUUUCCCACCAUUGCUGCUUGC